CAGGAUAAGUAAACAAGCCCAAGGUACAAAGGCAGGGGCAAACCAGUUCUUCUAACUAUUUUAUACACUGUUUCACACAACAUCCUGACACAGGAUACAAGAUGGCGUUGUUGCUUCUACUGGUGUUGUUGACAGCAUGUGAUGCCAUACUUCAAGAUCUGUCAAGUAAAAUGUUCACCUUUCCACAAGAAACCAACACAGCUUACGUGAGGCUGCCUACAACAAGACAGGAUUUCAGUGCUGUGACUGUCUGUCUCAGGUCCUUUACAGACCUCAAAAGAGACCAUGCCCUAUUCUCUUUGGCCACAUCGUCUGCUGCCAACGACUUCUUGAUUUACAUGAAACCUGAAAACAACGAGUUUCAUCUUAAUAGCAAGGACAACCAAGCAAAAUUAACAGGGCAUGACUACAAGAUGAACACAUGGCACUCUAUUUGUGCCACAUGGGACUCUGUGUCUGGACUAGGGCAGCUGUGGUUAGAUGGAAAACCCUCGAGUAGGAAAUUCCUCAGCUCUGGAUCCAACAUCAAUGGACCCGUUAUAAUUGUUUUAGGACAGGACCAGGAUACCUAUGGUGGGGGAUUUGACAUUAAGCAGUCUUUCGUUGGCAUGAUGUCUGAUCUCCACAUGUGGAACUACGUCCUUUCCCCCUGUGAGAUCCAGAACUACGACGAUGAGCACAACUUCACUCCAGGGAAUGUGCUCAAUUGGAGCACCCUGAACUUCCAGAUUGCGGGCAGAGUGCUGAUAGAGGAGAAACAAAAGAGCUGCAUCUUUUGAAAAAGUGUUUUGCAAAGUCAAAAUAUAAUUGAUUUUUUUUCUGUGUGUUUUUGUGUUUUGUUUGUGAGCUCAUUGAAGAACAAUGAUUUUUUUUUUUUUCUUUAAACUUCACCAAUGAGUUUAUGUCCUUAUGUUGCCCAAUAUUAAUCUGGUUAAACGAAUGUUGUUAGGCGAAGUCAUUAUUUGCCAUUGCACUAAAGUUUGUGCAACUGAAACCAGCUGAAGAUGAUUAAAAAAAGUUCAGAUAGUAUUGCAUCAGUGCUAUGUGUAAACUAACCAAAUAUAUAUGUGAUGGAUGUGCCUGGAUCCUGAAGAUAGUAGGCUAGUGUGUGCUUGCUUUUUAUGACUACUGUACAACUCCUGUGUUCUUCAUCUCAAUGUAAAUGUUUUGACGAUCCAUCAGCCAGCCAGGAUUUGAACUGAAGCCCACCUGUUCUCUGCUCUUGUCUCUUUCUUUGUGGGAGGCCUUUUUAAACCAAGACUGUGGUUUCUUUAGUGGAACACUGCGGACUGCACUGUGCCAUCUCGCAUGUGGGCAGUUCCUGUGUCUUUACAAACAUGGGGAGGGCCAACGGUUUAACAGGGAGGGACGCAACAUGCGCUAACAUGCACAUAUACAGUACAUGCACUACCUUGUAUGUGCUGCCAUCCAGGAUACCAAAACAAAGAGCAAAGAAGCUCAGAUUAUAAUCCACACAGAAGGGGUGUCACUUCAUUCUUUGCUCAGGAUGCCAAUAGUCCAAAAUAUCUUCACAUAGAGAAAUUGUUUGCUGCUACAGUAUUGUUUAAAAUCUUGUUUACAGAACCUUUAAUCAAAUUACAUGUAUAUGAAAAUGAGUUUUUAAUUUGCUUGUGUUUUGCUGCUUUACAUAUAUUCUGUAUGUAAGCUGCUGAGCUCUCAGCCACUGUACAGGUUAAAUACUUGCUCCCUAGGGAUAAAAGCUAUUUGUAAAACCUAUGCAGGGACUUCCACAAUAAAUUAGCUUAUACCGA